AUGGACCAGAAGCACCAGGUGGAGGACAUCCUGGCGGCUGCGGGCCUGCCCCUGACCUGCCUGCAGGCCUCGCUGUUCAUGGAGGAGCUGUGGAAGCGCUACACUCGCCCCGCCAUCCUCAAGGGCACCUUCGCUUUUGCCAUGCCCCCGGACAAGCCGCUGCACCUGGUCAGCGUGAAGGACAUGGGCCGCGUGGCGGCGCAGGUGGUGGCAGCACCUGACGAGUUUGUAGGACGGGCGGUACCGCUGGCGGGCGACGCGCUGACUCCCGUCCAGCUGGCGGCGGCCUUCAGCGCUGCCCAGCGGCACGCGCCGCCGGUCGCGUACAAGCACCUGCCCGCCUGGCCCUUCUGGCUGCUCAACCGCGACCUUUACCGCAUCUGCCGCUUCUACUCCACGCAGGCAAGGACUGCGUGGGGUAUGGCGACGCUUUGGGUGGGCUACGGCAUUGACGCGGAGGCCUGCCGCGCCCGGUUCGGGCUGCAGAGCUUCGCAGAGUUUCUGGAGGAGACGAGCUGGGGCGACGCCAGCAUCCCGCCGCUGUCCUGA